GGGCAUAAGCGGUUAGUCAUCAUCAUAACAGACACGUUUUUGGUGCGCGACAGAUAAAUUGAUCGAGAAAUUAUAUUAUGUAGGUCCGGCGAACUGCGCCGAAUAGUGGCUGAUAAGUGUCAUUGUUAAUACCUUUUGUUUCUUUGUGAUUUCGCGACGAUACGGACGUGGAGAUAACAAUUUCUUGUUUACCGUUUUAAGCCAGUCUUUAUUACGUUCGCUUUCGUAGCUCUUCAAGUCUCAAGGUUUUAAAAAAACAACGAAUUGGAUUCUUUGUUAUGUGCAUGGGUGAUUGAUCAUUAGUUUUAGUUGGAAUUGCAAGAAUUGUCAAUGGUGUCCAACUGUGUUUUUGUAGGACUUUUAUCUGGCGAUGGCGACCAACAGGAGCGGUGCGGCGCAGCGGCCGAACGGCGCGCCACAGACGAAAGUGUGCCAGUUCAAGCUGGUGCUCCUCGGAGAGUCAGCAGUGGGCAAGUCUUCCCUAGUACUUCGGUUCGUCAAGGGCCAGUUCCACGAGUACCAGGAGAGCACGAUCGGCGCCGCUUUUCUAACCCAGACCGUAUGCCUCGAUGACACCACUGUCAAGUUUGAAAUUUGGGACACUGCGGGGCAGGAAAGGUAUCACAGCUUAGCGCCUAUGUACUACAGAGGUGCGCAGGCGGCUAUCGUCGUAUAUGAUAUUACUAAUCAGGACACAUUCGGUCGCGCCAAGAACUGGGUGAAGGAGCUACAGCGGCAAGCGUCGCCGUCCAUAGUGAUAGCUCUGGCGGGCAACAAGAGCGACCUGGCCGCCAAGCGCAUGGUGGAGUUCGAGGAGGCGCAGGCCUACGCCGACGAGAACGGGCUCCUCUUCAUGGAGACCAGCGCCAAGACCGCCAUGAACGUCAACGACAUUUUCUUAGCUAUCGCGAACAAGUUACCAAAGAGCGAGGGCGGCGGCAGCGCGGGCGCGGGCGGCGCGCGUCGCCUCGGGGACGCCGAGCAGGCGCGCUCCUCCUCCUGCUGCAAGUGAUAGGUACCGGCACGAAUAACCGCCGUACGGUGAGGGCGUGCACGCGGGUUGAGGUAUGUAGUAGGUAACGAUACAGGCGCCGGACGGCCCCGGCCGACCCCGCGCGACCCCGGCCGACCCCGCGCGACCCCGCACUGCCCGCUCGGACAUACACACACCCGGCAGCUCACACAAUCCGCGGAUUGUAGCGCAGCAUGCUGCAGGGUCGACAUAUACUGAAGCUACCAUCCGUUACAUUCGCCUCCUUCCUAGCCAAUUGUUACCGAGCUACGCCUCGCGAGGCAGUCCGCUGUAUACAUAUGUAUAUCUACCUUUUAUGCAAUAUUAAUUAAAUAUAAAUACGACUCGCCUCCCUGGCUCGCCUCGCCUCAUACGAGUGUGUCGUACGUCCACGCGGGCCGCAUUAAAAACAUUAUAUAAUAUUAAUAAAAAAACAAGCUAAUUAUAAAAAAUGAUAACUAGUUUUAAAACUUAUUUGUAACUGUAAUGAAAAUGUAAUAAAAAAUGAUUAUAUUUACUUUCGUUUGUAUCAAGUUAGCAGUGCACUGUGCAGUAGUAGGGUUACUUAACGAGAUUCCUUCGUUUAGCAGUAAUUGAGCUUGUGUUAUACCUGUACUACAGCGCAGCGUGCGCCAGUGGGGGGCACGGUGUCGCCGGGACACGAGGAAUCAGUUAUAUCGUCCCGCGCGGUGCCCCCCACUGACGUACACUGCGCAAUAGAAGCGUUUAUUGUCAAAAUUAUUGGUGAAGGUGCAUUUACAUUUGUGUAUCGUUACAUAUACAUUUAAUAUUAUUUUAAUCAUCUGUUCACAAUCGCAGGCGCACGCUCCCAAGCAAUCUCAGUGUCGCAAAGUAACAUCUUGUCAUUUGGGAACAUGUCGCCUGCCGCUAGUGUCACUAGUUCGCCACUAGAUGUCGCAAUGUUCUUUUACUUAUAAAUGUUAUCAUUUGUGUCUGCACUGUUUAGUAGAAUAUUUUUUAUCAUAUACAUAUUAUAUAUACUUUCUGUUUAAGUUUGAUAAAUCGGAAAUGUUUUAAAAUGACGAAAACAGUUACGCUUGGUAAAAUAUUGUAAUUUUAUAUAAAUAUAGAGUAACAUUUAUAAGUGAGGAGUUUCGUUCCCCGGCAGUAGUGCCCGCUCCUUCGCCCACGGCACCCAGUCUGCUGAUCCUCGUCUCCAACCUACUCAACCUUUGUCCUACACCUCUCACACCAUUCUGGGCGAAGUACACCCUCUAACAAUGAAUUGGGAACCUUCCCAAUAAAUCGUAUCGGUUGGGAACAAGGCGCGAAUCCAUUCAUAGUACUAAUAAUAAAAUCAAUCGUCGAAAUGUCUAGGUACAUUCAUCCAUACAUUAUUUUAGUUCAAAAUAAUAUAAUACGGCAUAGUUAUUUAAUGAAAUAGAUUUACACUUCUCAGUUAGGAAGUCUAUAUAGUUAUUUUUAAAACACUAAUUAUUCGAUGGAUAAAUUGUUCUAUACAUAUUAUUAAUGAUUAUGUAUAUUGUCUUGUAUAAUUUAUAUUUUAUAAGUAAAAUGUAAACGGUGGGUCAUUAAUGUCGUAUCCUUUUUUAUAAUCGCAUUCCAUACAGGGAGGACUUAGUGUGGGGCAGUUCCGGAGUUUGUGUCGAUAACAUUAGGCUGUACACUUGACAUCGAUCAUUUCUCUGAUGUAGCUGUCACACCUCUAUUUGUCGAUAUAUUGCAAGUACUUGUAGCGUUCGCCAGUUGGUCCUUACAUCCGUACACUCUGAUUAUAUCGCCGCUGCUCGCUCUAUGUAUCAGCAAUGUUAUGUAUGCUGUGUGAACGCAAUCAGUUUUCGCUUGUUCUAAGAUAUCACGUUAAUUUCCUUCGAGGGCUUGCAUCACUCCUUAGCAAACUUAUUAUUUAUGUAUAAGAGGAUAGGUCUGUACUGUGUAACACCUGCAAGAUGGAACAAGUCCUGACGUGUCAGUAUAGUAACUGUUAUCAGCCCAUACCGUAGAGUUGGGAGAAAUUUGUCUAUGAAAUUGUUGAGUCACUCAACUGUUGUAUAUUAAUCAAAGCUUUUAGAUAAAUUUGCUGUCCGUUUCGUGGUAUGCCGUUGUUCCAUUGCAGUGGCAAGCGUGCUUUGUGUGCGCUUGUCAUGGCGUACCAUGAAAUGUUGCAAUAUUCAGGGCAGCCUGGAUAACGCCGCUUCCUUGUACCAACACUUAUAGCUACCUAUAAGUUCCGUAGAAAGACAGAUCUUAUUUUCUAACCAAUCUAAGUAGACCUAUCUCAGACAAGGGAGCGGCAAUAAAUAAUGAACUUUAAUACAAACGCAAUAGAGUAGUUGUUGCAAGCAGUUCCACGAAAUUGGUUAGUAAUAGUAACACUGGCCGUCUCGGCUGGCCACGGACGCCGAUCAUGGUCGUAUUGUAUGUUUUUUGUAUUGUGUAAAUAUUUUGGAUUUAUUAAGAAUAUUAUUAUAUUGAUUAAAAAAACAUUGUAAAUGGAA